AGGAGGUAUUCAGCCCCAUCAGAGGAGGCGGAGGAGCUGGGUGUGGAACCAGUUCUUCGUCCUGGAGGAGUACACCAGAGAUGAACCACUGUACGUCGGAAAGGUCAUCCACAAAUUCAAUCCCAGACAUGGUGUUGAAGCAGCUUCGCAGAAAAACUGCACUCAGACAUGGAUAAAGGUGACGGCCAGGUGACGUACGUGCUGAGUGGUGAAGGAGCGAUGUCCAUCUUCACCAUUGACGAGAACACAGGAGACAUCCACGCCACCAAGAGGCUGGACCGGGAACAGCAGGCGUACUACACUCUGCGGGCUCAGGCUCGAGACCGAACCUCCAACCUGCCAGUUGAACCCGAGUCCCAGUUCAUCAUCAAAGUCCAGGACAUCAAUGACAAUGAGCCCAGGUUCCUGGACGGACCGUACAACGCCAGGGUGGCUGAGAGGUCUCCUGCAGGUACGUCAGUAGUGACGGUGGUGGCAACUGAUGCUGACGAUCCCACCUACGGAAACUCUGCCCGACUGAUUUACAGCAUCCUGCAGGGGCAACCAUACUUCUCUGUGGAGCCAAAGACAGGUGUUGUCCGUACGGCUCUACCUGACCUGGACCGGGAGCUGCAGGACCAGUACCUACUGGUCCUCCAGGCCAAAGACAUGAUCGGUCAGAUGGGGGGUCUGUCAGGAACCACCUCUGUCACCGUGAUGCUGACUGACGUCAAUGACAACCCACCACGCUUCCCCCGCAAGAGCUACCAAUUCACUGCUCGGGAGUCGCUGCUGGUGGAAACUGUGGUUGCUAAGAUCAAAGCUCUGGAUCUGGAUGUGGGUUCAAACGCUGAGAUGGACUACAGGAUCCUGGAUGGAGACAGACUGAGAACCUUCAGGAUCAACACUGAUCCCAACACCCAGGAAGGACUGAUCACCCUACAGAAGAGUCUGGAUUUUGAGACCAAAUCAAGCUACAUGUUGCAUGUCGAGGCAUCCAAUCGUUAUGUGGACACUCGUUUCCUGUCAGUGGGUCCGUUCAGUGACACAGCAACACUUCGUCUGCUGGUAGAGAACGUGGACGAGCCUCCGGUCUUUUCCUCCUCCGUCAUUUGGAUGUUGAUCUCUGAGGCAGCUCCAGUGGGAUCUGCUGUGGGACCAGUUUCAGCUCACGACCCUGAUGCCACCAACAGUCCUGUCAGAUAUUCCAUAGACAGGACUUCAGAUCUGGAUCGUUACUUUAAAAUCGACAGUAGCUCAGGUUUGAUCAGAACAGCGAAGCUGCUGGACAGAGAACUCAGAUCUCUGCACAACAUCACCGUCCUCGCCACUGAGAGCUUGGAUCCGUCUCAGGUGGGGAAAGCUGUGGUUCUGGUCUCUGUGACAGACGUUAAUGACAAUGCUCCGACCUUCGCUGUUGAUUAUGAAACGUUUGUCUGUGAGAACGCCGCACCUGGACAGAUCAUUCAGACUCUGAGUGCGGUGGACCGCGACAAGCCACAGGACAGACAUCACUUCAUGUUCUCUCUGACUGCCGAGGCUGCUGAGAACCUCAACUUCACCCUGAUAGACAAUAAAGAUAACACGGCGUCUGUCUUGACAAGGCAUGCUGGUUUCCUGCGGCGGGAUCAAGUGGUUCACUUUGUACCGGUGGUGAUUUCAGACAGCGGCAGCCCAGCGCUCAGCAGCACCACCACGCUGUCUGUCACCGUCUGCAUCUGCGACCUGAACGGGACCCGCCGCUACUGCAGCGGGGGGCCAUUGCCGCUGGUGGGGAUCAGCCUCAGUGCCACUGUCCUAACCUGCAUCCUUGCACUGCUGGGUGUUGUCAUGGUAACGGUUGCCAUCAGACACAGGAGAAGAGAGCCUCUCAUGGACGACGAAGGAGAGAUUCGAGAGAAUAUUGUUCGUUAUGAUGAUGAAGGUGGCGGUGAGGAAGACACUGAGGCCUUCGAUAUGCUUGCCCUGAGACAUCUGAACAAGACCCACCUGAACCAGACCCACCCCGACCCACUGGGACCCCUCUGCAGAACACUGGGGCCCCAGCCCAACCUUCCAGGACCCUCCAGAAUGCCGGGACCCCCCCCCGACCCACCAGGACCCCACAGAACAGAGUUCAGGAUGGAGGCUGUAGUGGAUGCAAACAGGAUGUUCCUGGACUUCAUCAGGGACAGAGUCCAGGAGGCCAACCUGGAUCUGACGGCGCCUCCUUACGACUCUCUGCAAACUUACGCUUUUGAGGGUGGCAGCUCCGCUGCAGAGUCCCUCAGCUCACUAGACUCACUGGACUCGUUAGACUCGGAGCAGAGCUACGACUUCCUUAGAGGGUGGGGGCCGAGGUUCAGAAAGCUUGCAGACCUCUAUGGACACCAUGAACAAGGGGGGCUCUCCUCAUGAUCCCUCAGACUGCCACGACCAGGACCACCACGACAAGCACAGAGGAGGCUGAAGAGGACACUACAGGGGACACUACAGAGGGCAAUACAGGGGACACUACAGAGGUGCUACAAAGGACACUACAGAGGGGCUGCAAAGGAAACUACAGAGGACACUAGAGAGGGCAAUACAGAAGACACUACAGAGAACACUACAGAGGACACUACAGAGGACACUAGAGAGGGCAAUACAGAGGACACUACAGAGGUAACUACAGAGGACA